UCUGAAGACAUGGGUUGUGUUCAGAAAAACUCACAUGGAAAUAAUUGAACCUUAAAGGAGCCCUUGGCUUCAUGAGGGUGAUUUUGGAUAUAGUGAAAAAGAUGCAAAAAGUCAAUUUGUUAUUUCAUUGCCAAGAAUGGUGUUGGUGGGACUUUCCUUCUCACGUCCCAAAAUAAUUUGCCAGACUUUGGGUGUUGCACACCUGAAGUUGCCAGAUGCCAAAAUGCCCCUGCGGGAAUGAUCAUCAUUCCCAACAUCAUGGGAAUGAUGUUGUUAGCCAUGGCGAAUGACCAAGGAUUCGGGGUUUCCUUUGGCCAUUUCAGGGUGCAUGUGGCUUGACAAACUCUGGGCACCCCAAAAUGGCCAAAGGACGCCUCUAAUCAGCAAAAGAUUGAUGGCACGAUGCCCAACGCACAGCCGGAACGGCGUAACCGAAUUCCAGCCGCUGAGCGUUGGUUUGAGAGGUGGGAUGGGGGGAAUGGAGGAAGGAAGGUUAGUUUUAAGGGGAAGGAAUUUAAUGGCAAACUGAGAUCACCCCUCAAGGAGUACAUACUCGGGUCCCCCAAGCUCUGCAUUUCCCGCUCAGCCCCAGGCAUGUCACAUGCUUUGGGUGAGGCCUGCCUUGCGAGGUAGGUCAGUUUGAGAAGAGGCAGGGAGCCCACGGUUGAGUGUUUUUGAUUUCUCGGGGUGUGUGAAUGUGGAAUCACUCCAGUCCAAGCCUAACUCAAUCCAGCCCUCCACAUCCCCCUCUCUUUCUUAAAGCAUAUCCUUCUGAUGUUGAACAAUGGCUCAGAUUUAAAUUCUGAUAUAUAUAUUUUUUUCUCCAGGUAAAGGGAGGGCCCGUUGGGUGGGCGGAUGCUGUGUAUUGGGUCUAUCCAUGUUGUUGGGCGUAAAAAAAACUGGCAUUUCUGUUAGUGCAUUUCCAGCCCCUUCGGUUGGGGGAAGACGAAAGUGUGCCUGUAAAAAAUGCCAAGGUCACCGCAAGGCUCGGGGAGAGGCAGAUAAAAACAGGUUCCCACACAUCCAUCUCCCGCGUCUCUGGACAGGGCAGGACUGUCCGGCGAUUCCCGCCGCCUUUCGCCCACAGGUUUCAAACGCCUUCGGUGGCCCAUUCCAGCCACGAAAUCCACAGCAUCCCUUCUCCGUCGUCAUGCUGGGUUUUCUGCUCGUGAGCGGGAUGCUGGCCGGGGUGACCUGCACAUCCAAGGAGACGAGCCUUCUUCACGAGGAGCCACCGCUGGAAAGGACGGGGGUUCCUCUCAAUGACAGCUGCAGGGAAGCGGUCCUUCGGCACGUAGGGGCGGCCGUCCUCGCUCUGCUCAGGUUGGACCACCCUCCCAGAUUCACCGCGGACGGCACUAGCCGGGUGCGCGAAGCCUGGGCGAAAGAGGUGGCAACGCUCCCGUCGUUGAUCUCAGACGGCCAGCGCCUCGGAGACGUCCCCGCCAAUCAGACGCUGCUGACUCAAAGAGGGCGCUGCGUUCAAGCGUCACACCACGUCACCCUGGCAGAUCUUGGCUGGCAACACUGGGUGCUCCGUCCGAGGGGCUUCGUCUUCGCAGAAUGCUUGAGGUGCCCCUGCCGGAGAAAGGAAGAGGGGCCUCCGCGUUGGGUUCAAGAAUGCCGGCUUGGGGGCCUGGAAAACCAGCCGGAUCCAGACACAAAGCAGAGACGCUGCUGUCGGGCCCUCCGGGCUCCGCUCGUGUUCGUGCUCCUGAAAGAGGACGGCUCGCUGGAGGUCCGGCCGGUCCGUUUGGCGAGCGGCUGCCACUGCCCGCCGUGAGGCUCUUCCUUCAUUCCCACCCCACCCGGCGUCGACAGAGGGAGACCCGCCAGAAAGGGCCGCCCGAGGACCCAUCACCACCAGGACCUCCAAAGCCAUGAAGACAAAAAAAUUAAAAUUUUAAAAGCUUCCCCCCCCCCGCAAAAGGACAUUCACAGAGUGAAGCAUAACCUCUUUCUUUUCCAACCUGCUGUGGGACAGCAUUCGCACCCACACCCCCCAAAAAAGCAUGUGUCCGGACGAGUUCAACCAGGUUUGGCAGCGAUCGCUUCCCCCAAACAACCCAACGCCCUUGUUCGUAAGCCUUCGCCUGCAGCUGGGGGGAACAAGUGCCUCUCUGAAUAGUUUGACUACAACUCCCAUCUUUUCCGUGGUACCUGGGGCUAGUGGGAAACAAGCGUCUAACAACACCCUGGAGUGCCACAGAUUCCUCACGACCGCUAUACGUUCACUGCCCCCACCAUAGGGUUUCCAAGUAUUUUUUUUCCCAUACCAGUCAUCCCCACGCUGUCUGGGGCUGAUGGGAGUUGGAGUCUAACAAGCUACAGAGAGUCACACAUGUCCCCAACUCCUGCUCUACACUAGUUCCAAGUUGCUUUUUUCUUCCUUCCUUUCUUUAAAGCUUGAGAUGACUAUUAUAAAGAGAAAUUCACAAAGAGCUAGCCUUUUGCCUUUUCUCCCUCUCGGGUGUGUUUCGUAACCGCUUGAUCUCCAGAAAUUAGCAGGAAACACUGUUUUUCUAAACACCUUGCAAGCUACGAAAAGUGUCUGCUGCCAUCUGCGGGCCAAGCCGAGACACUACCUAGGAGGGGCUGACACCUGAGGAGACCCCUUUCAAAGCCGCUCUUAACAUGUAUGAAAACUGAUCUAUACCUUCAGUGUAAACCUAGCUGGGAUGUGGUUUUGUAUUUUUGUUUUAAUCGCUAUAAACUCAUGUACCCCGACUCCCCCAAUAAAAAUGUACCAACUAUUUUUAGCAAGACCUGGCAUCUAGGUUGGAGAUUUCUUCCAUUUGGGGUUCAACGGAAAGCGAGUUACUAAUCGGUGUCACAGCUAGAAGCACAAAAGGGUCUACGUUUCGUGUUUUUUCCCAAGCCACGGAAAGCUGGGGGGAAGAGAAAAAUUCUUAUUUAUCUG